GAGAAAAUGAAAAAGAGAGACAUUUGAAGGGGUCUGUGUCAAUUACUAAAAAAAAGAGUCGGAGCUUGAUUCUCUCUUUCUUUUCCUGCUAUUGCUUAUGGACGAAGAAAUAGUGCAAAGAAUUGCCAAUCUAGUCAAUGUGUUAGCCUCACAACAGCAGAAUAAUCAGCAGUUAGCUCUUGAUAUAUCAAAGCAGAUACUAGAAGUCAAGCAAAAAGCUGGAACAGUUAAAUGUUUGCCCGAAGAUCAACCCAAUACCAUUCCAGGUUCUGUGACUCCAGAACAACGAGAUGAAGUAAUAGAUUCCUUAAAGAGUCAACUGGUCAAGGCACUAUCGGAGCAGGAAGCGAUACGACAACGAAAUCAGGAGUUAGAAAAGGAACGUGAUGCGUUACAAAACUUGGUCAAGGAGUAUGAAAAUGGGCUUGAGACAGUUACGAACAAGCUUCGUGCAUAUGCAAAUGCAGCGGCAGAAGGCGAGAUGCGUUUAAGGCGAGAGUUUAAUGCACUACUUGAGGCAGAAAAGGGGACAUCAGCUACUUUAUUUACUGAAAAUAUACUACUCCAAAUGCAACUCACACAAUUAGCCAAAACGCUAAGAGUAGCUUUUGAGGCAAAAUCACUUGAUGGCUGUUAUGAAGAAAAGAUUGCACAAUUAGAGCAAGAAAAAAAGAAUUUUAUGGAUGUCUUGGGCAUAUCUGCGGAAGAAUCAGAAACAGAUGGGAAUCGAUCGCCCAUCCUGCAUGUCCCGCGUACAAGUGGCGUAAUAGAAGAGUUUUUUGAUGAAUAAAAAACAUGUCAUUGAAGACA